UAGACAUAAAACAUACUUUUCUUAACCUACAGUAACAAGGGAUAAUAUAAAAGUGCUGAACGAUUCAUUGAAAAAAGAUGUCCGGUGAUUAUAAACUCGCCUACAAAAAGAAUAGAGUAAGAAUUGUUGGAGGGUUGGCUAAUCCUGAUGAAGUUGCCGGUCUCCUUUUCCAGUCAGGAAUUUUUAAUGACGAAAUGCACGAAACUGUUAAACAAAUAGAUGAAAAUGAACAGAAAACGAGAAAGAUUUUAGAUCUUUUAUCCUAUCGAGGAAAGAAUGGUUUAGCCGCUCUCCAUCAAGCUUUUCUUGAUACUAGCAACAAGGAACUUGCUAAAGGUCUUGCACCUUAUGUACUAGCCGUUGCAGAAGGAGACAACAAAACGGAACCGAAAGACUGGCCUCCGAGCAAGGAACAGAAAAAGGCUAUGCUGAAUGAUCCGAUUAAGAAGAUAACAGAUACAAAAAGUCCUUUGUUUGUUCAUGAAUACGGACAAGAGUACGUAUACACGAUUCAGAGAGAGACCCGAGGAAAGGUUUUCAUUAUCAACAAUGUUAAAUUUAAUAGGCCGAUGGCAAAUCGACCAGCCUCUACAAUGGAUGCCGAGAAUUUGACCAAACUGUUCGAGGAACUCCACUUUACAGUGCUAAGAAAAGACGAUUUAACAGCACAAGAUAUGAAAUCGUUUCUGAUGAAAGAGGCUCAACAACUAGAUAAGGAGGAUUGUGCGGAAUGUGCUAUUUUAAUAGUAAUGAGCCACGGCAGCGGGACAAAGGUGUUUGGAGUUGAUGGCUUGGCAGUUGAACUGAAAUCUUUAACAGAUUGUUUUUCAACUGCAAAUUGUGAAUGUUUAUAUGGAAAACCAAGACUCGUUUUUGUUCAAGCAUGUCGAUCUUACGACAAGAAUGACGUAACAGAAAAAUUCAAACAAAUGACGACAGAACCACAAGAUGAAAUGGAUGCAGAACCAUCGAAAACUGAAGUCAAGGAGAAUAAAUCACCUAAAUGUACAUUCCCUGAUCACCCAUCAGCAGAUUUCUUAAUAGCAUAUGCUACACCAGAAGGUACAAAAGCAUGGCUUCACGAUGACGUUGGAUCCUGGUUUAUGAAUGCCAUUGUAUGGACAUUCAAAUAUCAUGCGCAUGAAGAGGAAUUACACCAUUUGCUAAUCAGGGUAAACCGAUUAGUUGGAAAGGGAUCUACACUAAAGAAAGAAAUGACUGUUGCUGAAGUGAAAUCCAAUCUCAGGAAAAAGUUCUUCUUUUUCCCAGGAAUACAUAGCAAAGAGCCAACACUUUUUCAAUAGAAAACUAAGUAUUUAAUGCUUUCAGAUUGUGAUUGUGACGUCAACAAUACGUUUAUGCAAUGAAAAUAAAUAUCAUAUCUUGAAAACAAUAUAUUUUGUAAAAUAUCACAAUGAACAGGUUCUUCCUUAUAGAGAUUGUUGUUGAUGACAACGUAUGACUGUGAUUAUUUGGUCAUAAAGCUUCUCAUAUACAUGAGUAAUCAAUUAUCAAUUGCUUUAAAAUAUUUGGUUUUGCGAUUUUCUGACAAAUGUAAAUACAGUAAAGCGCUCAUUUUUGCUAAUGUGCUUCGUCUUUGUGCCUUGUUGUGUUUCUUUGAUACAUAUGACGUGGCUCUGUACUUCUACAUCCCGUUGUUGUGCUAAUAUAUAACAGUUUUGUAUUCUUAUCUUUCGUUUUGAUAAUGUGCUUUGUCUAUAUAAAAUUGAGAAAGGAAAUUGGGAAUGUGUCAAAGCGACAACAACCCGACCAUAGAGUAUACAACAGCCAUGCCUUUUUAUGUUUCUUUGAUACAUACAUGACGUGGCUCUAUACUGGUACAUCCCGUCAUUGUGUUUUUGUAAUGUAAUCAAUUUGUUAAUAAUUUCUUUAAUGUUUGCUAACAUGCUUGGUUUAUAUACUAUUUUGUGCUGCUUUGUUACAUAUUGUUUUGUUUU